AUGUCAUUUCCGACUCCAGCCAGUCCAACAACCGACGACGACGCACCUCCACACCCACAGCCGCAACCGCAACCGCAGCCACAGCAGCAACCCAAGCAAGAAGACUCACCGCGCUUCAAACCCCUAGCUUCCAUCACCGAAGUCUCCAGCCUAGCCUCCACCUCGAGCCGCCCCUUCACCAUCGCAGAACUCGAAAAAACACCUCCAUUCUUCUUCACCUUUCCCACAAUCGUCAAACUCAAAAACCACGGUACAAUCCAAGUCGAUACUGCAUCACACAUGAACGAUUUACUGGCUUGGUACCGGUUGCACUCGGGCGAGUACAGUGAUGCGGAGAUUAGAGGACUGGCGUCGAAGCUGGAUGUGGGGCAGACGACGAUGCGGAGGGAGGAGUAUGAUGGUGCGUGGGUUGUUGAUGCGAGUUUGAGGGAGGCACCUGGAAAGGAGGGGAAAGAAGAAAAAGAGGAGAAGGAGGAGGAGGAGGGGCAUGGGAUGGAGGUGAAGGAACAGGUGCAGGAGGAGGAGAAGUAG